AUGGCCAACGAUGAAUAUGAUUUCCUCUUCAAAGUGGUUUUGAUCGGAGACUCUGGAGUCGGAAAAUCCAACCUUCUCAGCCGAUUUACCCGAAACGAGUUCAACCUGGACUCCAAGUCCACCAUCGGUGUCGAGUUUGCCACCAGGUCGAUUCAGGUCGAUUCCAAAACAAUCAAGGCGCAAAUUUGGGACACUGCCGGGCAGGAACGCUAUCGCGCCAUUACGUCUGCCUACUACCGCGGUGCUGUCGGUGCCCUACUCGUCUACGACAUCAGCAAACAUCAGACUUACGAGAACGUCACCCGAUGGCUGAAGGAGCUGCGGGACCACGCCGAUGCUAAUAUUGUCAUUAUGCUCGUCGGAAACAAGAGCGAUUUGAGGCAUCUCAGAGCAGUGCCCACUGAAGAAGCCAAAUCUUUUGCCAGUGAAAACCACCUGUCAUUCAUCGAGACCUCAGCUUUGGAUGCCAGCAACGUUGAGCUUGCCUUCCAAAACAUUCUCACUGAAAUUUACCGGAUUGUGUCCAGUAAGGCUCUCGACAGUGGCGAUGGCGCUCAGGCUACGAUCGGCGCCGGAACCAACAUCUCGCUCAGCAAGCCGGCUGACGACGAAUCCGCUAAGAGCGGCAAAUGCUGCUAA